AUGGAACACCCCUACUUGCUUGCUAUUACUUUUGCUAUCUGUUUCUACGGCGUCGUCAAGCGACGUGCGUCGGACGAUAUCUUCGCAAGGCCGAAAGAAGCGUAUGCAUCCGCACUCCAGGCAUACGGCUCUGUCAUUGCUGUGCACCGUAAAGGGAACCUUGAAUACAUCGUCGGGCCUGAGUACGCCAGAUAUGUUCUGACAUGCGACAAGCUCUUCAGCUUCGAGCAAGGCUCAGCUGCAAUCAUGAAUCUUCAGCCACUCAUGGCCCUCACCCAGGGGGCACUUUUCCAGGAUCUCAAUGACUUCGUUCGAGAAGGCAUCAUUGCAAGGAUGGAUGAAUUCGCCGUCAAUGCAGACCGUCGACUUACUAUGAUUGUAGUUUUCCCCAUUUAUGACCGUGACGGUCAGUCUUUUGUGGACGCAGUCCGCCUACCUCAUAAGACACAGUCUCUGCCCGACUCCUUCCUGCACUCUCGUGACACUAUUUCCGAAGCCACCCUGAUCCUUCUUUUGGGCGAUGCCUACGUGAGCGAUCGGAACAUGCGAAUAAUCGAAGACGUUUCGAACGGGAUGGCGGAGCUCACGGGGCAGGUCAACGUGAUCCUAAUUAAGAUACCAUUCGGCUUCGUGCGACAAUUGGGGCCGCAGCUCUGGGCAGACAUGAAUAGAUAUGAAGCCAUGAUCGCGUCCGGCAUUCCCACGCGAGAAGAGCCUAAGAAUGUACUGUACUUCAUUGUGAAGACGUACUCGCCCAAUGGUCGGCGGAUUGGACUCUUACGUCGAAUCUACAUCUGUGUUUUGCUACUCUGCUUGAUUUUCGCGGCUGUACACACCACGACGGUCGUCUCGCAAUGGGUGCUCUUCCAACUUGCCUCGCAUCCGGACUAUUUGGCCCCGCUGCGUCAAGAACUCCUUCGGAUCCGCGAGGAAGACGACACGGGUGCUAUGCGUUUGACUGCAGCAUCCUUGCGGGAAGCACACCUGCUUGACUCGUUCAUCCGCGAGGUGAUGCGGCUCAAGGGCGACACCAUCUCCACUAUGCGCUGCACCACGUGCGAUGCGCCGUUGGGCGAGUACGUCAUUCCCAAGGGGUCCUACGUGACUCCGAUGUCGUGCAUGGUUCAUGAGAACCCAGAGACCUUCGGAGAUGAGGCCUCAGACUUUAACGGCUUCCAAUGGGCGGAACAAAGCAAAGACGCAGCGAUGACCGGCGCCGCACACAUUGUCUUCGGACUGGGCCGCUUCGCGUGCCCGGGUAGAGUGCUCGCUAUCAAUGAAAUCAAGCUUAUAGUGUUGUGCCUGAUAGGACGUGCCACACCGAGUCUUCUUGAAGGCCGGUUCGAAGUCACGGAUCCCCUCAACACCGUCACGCAGCCUCCCAAAGGUACUCUGCUCUUCACGCCGUUGGAACAACCCCUGUUAUGA